AUGAAAAAAAAUAUGGCUGAAUAUAAUAUGGCUGAGGGAAGUGAAUAUAAAGAAGAAUGUAUAUUCACAUCAAUUGAUAUUUUUAAUGGAGACUAUAAUUAUUUAAAUUUCCAUUAUAUAUGUGAAAUAACAUUUGAUGAUUUUAGUUUUAUAUCUCCAUAUCAUUGUUACUUUUUCUUACGAAAUAAAUAUGAAGCUUUAGAAAAUAUAAAAAAUAAUUAUUUACAAAAUACGGGAAAUAGUAUAUCUAAUCAUGACUAUUUAAAAGUAAUUAAUGAAAAAAAAUCUAUAGAGCUGUUUGAAAAUAAACAAAUACUUUAUUAUAAUCAAGAUGAAUUAUCAAGUUCGAAUCGAAAAGCUUUGGAUGCAAUAGCUGAUGUUAUAAAUGGAUUGGCGAUUGACGAUUUGAUAGUCAUUUCGGUCUAUUUGGGCGAGAACCCGCAAUGGGAUAAACACAAACUGAUGUGGAUGGAAAUGAUCCAAAGAGACAAAUUUCGUAGAUACCAAACAAUUCGUGAAAAUUUAAGAAAUACAGAAAAAAGAGAAAUAAUUUACAAAAUAAAAAGUGAAGAAUUUGAUAAAAUAGAAAAUAAAAAUAUGAUUAAAGAUAUGUUUUAUUUUGGAACAUAUGAAAGAAAAGGACAAAAUAAUUUAGGUAGAAUAUAUAUGAAUAUCAGAAAUGAUAUAAUAAAUAAUAAUGAAAUAUAUUCAUGGGUAUUAACUAAUUGUAAUUUACAAACAGACAAAAAUUUAAUUGCUGAUAUUUUUAUUGAAGAAAAAUAUAUUGAAAGGACUAUAAUUGACACCGUAAAAAGUGACAAUAUAAAAAGUGAAGAAAAAAUAGAGAAUUAUUCUUUUUCUUCAAAAGAAUAUAUAUCAUUUGGAAAAAAUUCUCAAAAUGAUAUUAUUUGUCUGAACCCAUCUAUAUCGAGAUUUCAUUGUAUUUUAUUUUUUUCAAAAGAUUUUCAUCUUUAUUUAAUAGAUGUAGGAUCUAAAUCCAGAACAAAAUUAAAUAAUAAUAUUAUCAAAAUAAAUGAAAAAUAUAAAAUUAAUAAUAAUGAUAUUAUUACUUUAGGUGUAUCUAAGAGAACAUAUAAAAUUAAUAUAAAUGUUGAUAAAGUUUUAUCAUAUCUUGAUAAUAAAAAAAAUGAAGCACAAAAAAAAAUAAAAGUAAUAAAUGAAGAAAUAGAAUAUCCUUUGAAAAAUAAAAAUUUAUUAAAGUUAAAAGUUUCAAACAUUUAUUAUAAAUGUAAUGAAAACGAUAUUAUAGAUUUUUUUAAAGAUUGUGGCGAAAUUAAAAAUAUGCACAUGUACAAUGUUCCGAUUAUAAAUAAAGAAGAGGGUGUCGAAAAUGAAAAUAAUAAUAAAGAUGAUUUUAAUAAGAUGAAAAAAAAAAAAUUCUUAAAACAAGCCAUAAUAGAAGUAUAUGACGAAAAUACAUCUGCUAAUAUUAUCAAAAAAAAUGAUUCUUUUUUAUAUGGAAGGAAAAUUCAUAUAGAAUAUCACCCAUUACAGCAACAUAAAUAUAGAGAUAAAAACUUUAGUACAAAAAAAAAAUUUGAAAAUUUCGAUAUUCAAGUUACGUGUAAAAAUGACAAAUAUAAUGGGGAGCAAAUUAUCAUAAAGGGCGAACAUCCCAGAUAUAAAAAGUUUAAGAGAAGUGAACCUGGCGAAUAUCAAAGAUUUGAAGAAAGGAGAGUGGAAAGGAGAACGGAAAGGGGAAUGGAAAGAAGGGGGCAGAAAAAUAGACGAAAGGAAGAAGAGACAAUAGGCAGAAGCAAGGGACGUAAAAGGAGAGAUGAGCGAAGUGGAAGUAGUAGAACUGAUCGGAGUGAAAGAAGUGGGAAAGAUCGGAGUAGAAGAAGUGGGAAAGAUCGGAGUGAAAGAAGUGGGAAAGAUCGGAGUAGAAGAAGUGGGAAAGAUCGAAGUGAAAGUAGUAGGAUUGAUCGGGGUGGAAGAAUCGGGAGAGGUCGGAGUAGAAGUAGUAGAACCGAUCGGAGUGGAAGUAGUAGAACCGAUCGGAGUGGAAGUAGUAGAACCGAUCGGAGUGGAAGUAGUAGGACUGAUCGGAGUGGAAGUAGUAGGACUGAUCGGAGUGGAAGUAGUAGGACUGAUCGGAGUGAAAGUAGUAGCAGUAGUCGGGACAAACGAAGGAGCAGUAGUCGGGGCAAACGAAGCAGUAGUAGUCGGGGCGAAAGGGGUGGUAGAUCAAGGGAUGGUAAAAAAAGAGACAAUAAAUAUAGUAACCGUUAUAGUAUUGAAAGUCGAGAUUCCCAUAAAAGAUACGCAAAAAAAAGAUAG